AUGAGACGUUUUAGGCGUUUAGUUGUACUGGCAGUUCAACUUGCAGUCCUUGUAUGUACAAGUUAUCAACUGACAAAAUUACUAUUUCAAUUCAAAUGGGAGGAACAAUUCGGCUUAUCACGAAAUGAUGAUGGUUUCUCCUUCAAUGAAUUACCACGUGAAACUUACUCAAGUUCAGUAGGUAAUUUAAAUCAGACCUAUUAUACUGCAUCACAAAUGAAGAAGUAUGAAAAUAAAAUUACACUCGGAUUUACUGAGAAAGAUCUUGAAGAAUUGUAUGAAAGGAAUUCCACUCCAGCUGCCAGAAAAAUAAUUCUCAACUAUGGAAACCUUCGCAUCAAUAUUAUUCGAAACUUCUCCUUCUGUUUCGCUUGUGAUUGUGAACUGAUUUUCGACAGAUCAAGAUGGCUUGAAGCCGAUGUUAUAAUCUUGACAGAUCACUUGUAUCCUAAAGGUCCAAGACCACCAAAUCAACUAUGGUUCAUUUUUGUACAUGAACCUCCCCCAUACAUCAGAAUCGCUGAUGGAUUGGAAAAUAAAGUCAACUACACAAUCUCUUAUCGAAUGGAUUCAACAAUUUAUUUACCGUAUCACAAUUAUAUCCCAUUUGUUGCUAGUCAUGGUCCAGAUACAAAAUACGUACUCCCUUCCCAUAACUAUGCCACUGGUAAAUCUAAAAUGGUAGCAUGGUUUGUAAGCAACUGUCAACCUAAAGGUCCGAGAAUGAUGUAUGUAAAAGAAUUAUCUCGUUAUAUUCAAGUUGAUAUUUAUGGUCGGUGUGGCAAUAUGACAUGUCCUAGAGAAGUAGAUUCUCAAUGUUUUACUCUACUCGGAAAGCAUUAUAAAUUCUACCUGAGUUUUGAAAACAGUUUAUGCCCUGAUUAUAUUACGGAAAAGCUUUACAGAAAUGCAUUAAUCAACAGUGUAAUUCCAGUUGUGAUGGGUGCCUCAUAUGAAGAAUACAAGCGUGUCGCUCCUCCUCAUUCAUUUAUUCAUGUGGAUCAGUUUGAAUCCCCAGAAAAGCUUGCCAAUUAUUUGAAGUAUUUGGACAGAAACGAUACUGCGUACAAUGAGUACUUCUCAUGGUAUGAGCAUGGGACCAUAGAUGUUUGGUUUCCAUUGCCUCAAUGCGCUAUAUGCUUAUUGGCACAUACCGCUCAUAAACUGAAAUCGUAUACAUUCCCAAAUGUUUCGAAAUGGUGGAACGAUGCUUGUGUUGGUCGUAAACUACGCUGGAAUUCUGUCGAUUAG